CCCUCCGGUGCUCGAAGCCUCCCCAUGUCCACACUCCACAGUCCAACUUUUUUCACUGGGUUUAAGAGCUGGAACAAAACAAAUCUGCACAUUUGGCGGGAACUUUUUUUAGUUUAGAAUCUAGUGGGACGAAUGGGAAGAUAGAGAGAGAGAGCGUCGCAGAAGCGAAAAUGAAGCCUGUGGGAGGAGAUCUGCCGAAUUGGUCGAUGAAGCCUUGCAUGAUGGGUAUUGACGAAGCUGGUCGGGGCCCCGUUUUAGGACCGAUGGUGUAUGGAUGCUUAUACUGCGCUGUAUCAUACCAGAAGACUCUUUCCACUCUGAAAUUUGCAGACUCUAAAAUUCUAAAAGAAGAGAAGAGGGAAGAGUUAUUUGAGGACUUGAAGACUAAUGAUUCAAUAGGAUGGGCUGUUGAUGUUAUAGAUCCUAGAGAACUAUCUGCCAAAAUGUUGAAAAAGAAUAAAAUAAACCUUAAUGAGAUAUCACAUGAUUCUGCUAUUGGCCUAGUCAGGAGGGUGUUGGACUUGGGUGUUUUGUUAACAGAGGUGUAUGUGGAUACAGUGGGUGAUGCUGACAAAUACAGACUGAAACUGUCUGAAAGAUUUCCAAGCAUCAAAUUUGUGGUUGCAAAAAAGGCUGACAGUCUUUACCCUGUAGUAAGUGGAGCAAGUAUAGUUGCAAAGGUUACAAGGGACAGAGCUCUUCAAGAUUGGGUGUUUGAUGAGACUGCUGACAAUAUGCAUAGGAGCUUUGGAUCUGGAUACCCUGCAGAUCCAGACACAAAGACCUGGCUGGAUCAUCACAAACAUGUAGUGUUUGGUUUUCCAACACUGGUCCGCUUCAGCUGGGGAACUUGCAAUUCAUACUCCAAAGACAUUGCUGAGGUCUUAUGGGAAUGCGAUGCGAAUGGCGAAGACAAAAGCAACGGUAAAUCCAACAAGCGGCAGUUAAAGCUAACUAACAUUGGGUUCAGUAGCAGUUUGAAAAGGAAUAGUGAAGAGAUUGAGUCAAGUGGGAAAGGGCGAAGCAGCAAGUUCUUUCAAUCCCGCAAACUUGAGCUAAUCCCUCACUUCUAAGUGCAGAAAACAUCUGUCUGCAACGGAUGUGUUUGUGUUUCAACAUUAAAAAACUAUGGUUCCAGUGUCGACCACUACCAACAAAGGUAACAUGUUAAGAAUAACUGUUACUAGGCUAAUUCACCCCAUAAGAGUUCUCAAGAGAUGAGGUUUAUCUCAUACCGAGUACUUAUUAAGGGGAUCAUUCGUUCAUAUUCUAGUUGAUGUGGGAUAAUACUCCGUAAUAAACUCCCAAAUCACGCCAAUGUUGACAAUUUUAUUCUGUUUCCGGUUCGGGUUUUAUUGUAAUUAUUCAAUGCAAUGUGAAAAUGGGUAGAGAUGUACAAAUCAAAUAGAGCUCUCGAGGGCUUGUUUGGCACAAGGAUUAAAUAGGAUUGGGACAGAUGAGACUAGGAGAUAAGCUUGAUUUGGUUUGUGAUAGUCGUCGUGUUUGGUGGAGUGUGAAACGUCUUGUUAGAUUGUUAUGGCAAUAAAAAUCAGUUUAAAGA